AUGGCCAAUGAUCAGGUCAGCCAGCUGGACUGCCUUCGCCUCCCUAAUCUGCUCCGCAUUCAUCCGCACCCUCCCCCCCUUUCCCCCCCAUUGUCACCCCCAUCCUCCCUCAUCUCUCCCCGCAACUUCUCCCUCCUCCCGUCUUACCGCGCUCUUCCCCCCCAUCCGUUUCUCCCUUUCGAGAGCUCCAGAUUUCAGUUUUGCAUUGGUGUUGACGAGACAAGGAGGGUUUCCUUGGGCGUGGUGGCGUCUGUGACACAGGCGUUUGUUCCUGUAAGAGCGGGUGAGGUGCAGCAAUCGCUGCCGUUGAUUGGCCUCGGAGUCGCUAUCACUGUAGCUGCUGGAGCUCUUGCUGUUCGCUCGGGAUUGCAUGGUCUGGUCCAUGCGGCCGUGCUGCUGCGGCUGCAGGGUUUCUCGCAGAAGCAACAUGACCAGAGACAGCAGCAGCAGGAGCGAGAGAAGGAGCAGCAGGGGGAGGGUAGUGAGCAGAAUGGGGGAAGAAUAAACGAGCAGGAAUCACUCCAGCGUGUGAAGGACGAGAAACGGCUAGAGUUUUCAAAGAGGGCUCUCAGGAACUACCUAGACCUGCAGAAACGGGAGGUGAAACGGUCUGGCAUGGAGGGAGCUGCUCUGCGGCUCAAGAUGAGAAUGGCCAAGGCGAAUGGGAAGGAUCCUCUACCAUUCGCCCCUUUACAAGAUAAGAUGGGCCCGCGCCGAAACGUGAUGGCCGAAAUCCGGAGUGUUGUGGCCGAGGCGGUGGCAGAGGUGGUAGAAGGGGAGGAAUGCACGGUUGUGCUUGAGAGGAGUAAGGCGCAAGUGAAGGACGUAGAGAGCACCGGGGAGCCGAUGGUAGUGGAGAAGAGGGUUAUUAUGGAAAACGAUACUGGUCGAGGGGCAGAGGAGGCGGGAAGAAUGAUUGAGAUGAUGGAGAAGGGAUGGUAUGGUGGAGCUGUUGAAGCAGAGUCAGGAAGAAUGACGGGUCCUGAAGGGGACGAGUAUGGGCUGGGAGAGGUGGGGCCGGAGGUAUUUCUGGAGUGGAGUGUGGAGAAGGCUAGGGAGGCUAACGCUCAUGCUGCCAUGAGACUGCCAAUAAAUACAAAUGAAAGAGGCUAA